AGGUCGCAGUUGUUGGCCAACAUGGCGAUCGGGAACUACGGGGAGUUGGGUCCCGUGAUGAUGUCAACAGUUGUUUCAUUCGUGCUGUUGGUAUCUCAUUCCGUUACUGCUUUGCCGAAUGUGCGGAGUGAGAGAGACAUUGAUACAAGUAAAUACUACCAUUACGAUGACUUAACAAACUUUCUUCACGAUAUGGUGAACCAAAACCCAACUAUUUCUAAACUUCAUGCAGUUGGACAAAGUGUUCAAAACCGGACUCUCUGGGCAGUACAGAUCUCUGAUAAGAUCAACGAAACUGAAGUAGGAGAACCAAUGUUCAAAUAUGUUGGAAAUAUGCACGGAAAUGAAGUGAUAAGUAGACAGGUUUUGAUAUACCUCAUACAGUAUCUUUUGGAGCAGUAUGGAAAAGACGCCAGAGUUACACAUAUUGUUGACAGCACGAAUGUAUUCAUCAUGCCAACUAUGAACCCUGAUGGCUUCGAGAACGCCGUUGUUGGACAGUGUGCAGGUGUCGAGGGAAGACCAAAUGCCAAUAGCGUAGAUCUUAAUAGGAAUUUUCCAGAUCAGUUUCAAAGUCAACCAGAAAAUACUAUGCAGCCAGAAACACGAACGCUAAUCAACUGGAUUGAAUCCAACCCAUUUGUUUUAUCAGCCAACUUGCAUGGUGGCAGUGUUGUAGCUAGCUACCCAUUUGAUGACUCCAGACUUCACAGGCAAGCAGGGAAAUACAGUAAAGCACCCGAUGACAGUGUAUUCAAGCUCCUAGCUCACACCUAUGCUGAUAACCAUUUGCAUAUGCACGAGGGCAAUAUUUGUGCAGGUGACGAUUUUGCUGCCGAGAGAGGGAUAACUAAUGGAGCUGCGUGGUAUGAUGUUCCAGGUGGCAUGCAGGACUACAACUACCUCCACAGCAACUGUUUGGAGAUCACACUGGAGUUGUCCUGCUGCAAGUACCCCCCAGUCUCCUCCCUCCCCAUGGAGUGGGACAACAACAAACUGGCUUUGUUGGCAUACAUGGAAAUGGUCCACAUCGGCAUCCAUGGCUUUGUGAAGGACAGUGAAACAGGUGCCGGCAUCAAAGGUGCGGUGGUGAUGGUAGAGGGCAUCAAGCACAACAUCACAUCGGUGGAUGCCGGGGCGUACUGGAGACUGCUGACUCCUGGCAACCAUACUGUCACUGUGCAUGCUGAUGGGUACAAGGCGCUGACGCUGAUGGUUACUGUCCCUGAAGGACCCGGAAUAAUACAGGACUUCCUGCUGAGCAAGCCACAAGACAAGGUCAUGCCCACCAGCCCUGCAUCCACUCCGCCAACAGAGGAUCCCCUAGACAAACUGAAUGACUUUGUGAGACGCUUCCAUGACGCCGAGCACAGGGAGAAGAUGACCUUCAGGGAGCCGCAAGAGUUUGUCCACCACCAUUAUGAGGCACUCACUACUUUCCUGUAUAACCUGGCUGAGAAAUAUCCAAACAUCACCCACCUGUAUUCAGUGGGGAAGUCAGCCCAGAACCGGGACUUGUGGGUGAUGGAAGUCAGUGACAACCCAGGCAGGCACGAACCAGGAGAACCAGAGUUCAAGUACAUCGGUAACAUGCAUGGUAACGAGGUGGUUGGUCGGGAACUGCUACUGCAGCUACUGGAACUACUGUGCAGUAACUAUGGUAACAAUGAAUUCAUCACCUUGAUGGUUGACCUGACCCGGAUACAUAUCAUGCCAACAAUGAACCCGGACGGCUAUGAGAAAGCUGUUGAAGGUGAUGUACAGGGAGUUCGAGGCCGACCUAACAGUCACAACAUGGAUCUGAACAGGAACUUCCCUGACCAGUACAAGACAUUGUAUACCAAUGCAGAACAGGAACCAGAGACAAGAGCUGUAAUGAGCUGGGUCCAGUCCAUCCCCUUUGUCCUGUCCGCCAACCUCCAUGGUGGAUCGCUUGUGGCCAACUACCCCUUUGAUGAUUUCGCCCCAAAUGCUCAUGCGGUGUAUAGCCGGUGUCCAGAUGAUAAAACCUUCAUACUGCUGGCUGAAGCCUACUCCUUUGCUCACUCUAAGAUGCACUUUGGACACCCAUGCCCCUCUAUCAGUGACGAGUACUUCAAGGAUGGAAUCACCAACGGCGCUACAUGGUACAGUGUGGCAGGUGGGAUGCAGGACUGGAACUACCUCCACACCAACUGUUUUGAGAUCACGCUUGAGUUAGGAUGUACCAAGUUCCCCAUAGGAUCUGAGCUGCCCAAGUACUGGGCCAACAACAAGUUCCCCCUGCUGGUCUACAUGGGACAGGUUCACAAAGGUGUGAGAGGCUUUGUCCUGGAGGAGGACAGCCAGCAUCCUGUCGCCAACGCCACCAUCCAGGUGGAGGGCAUCAACCACACCAUCACCUCCGCCCAGGCCGGAGACUACUGGAGACUACUGGCACCCGGGCAGUACACCAUCACAGCCAGCAAGCAGGGGUACCUCUCCCAGUCAGUGACAGUUCGGGUGACAGAUGGCACUGCUGUACUUGUCAAUUUGACACUGAAGCUCAGAAACGGACAGCGUUGGUCACAGUCAUUUGACUUUGACAUCCCUGAAAACUUAGAGAGUAUGUCAUACCUGACAACACAUGGUAUCCAGGAGGAGGUCAACCAGCUCGCCCGCCUGAACCCGGCAUUUGUGACCUCCGACACUCUGCACAUGAACCGCAAGGGGAAGUCUGUUGCUGCCAUUCACAUGUCCUCAGACACGGACCAGCAUGAAGAGAACAAAGCCCAUGUGCUACUGAUAGGCGGGUUGAACGGCGAUGACCCGGUCAGCACAGAGCUCCUGAUGAGGCUUGCCAGACAUCUGAUUAAAGGCUACAACCAGAAACACCCCCACUGUGUGAAGCUGAUCGAACACAGUCACAUCCACAUCAUCCCACAGAUCAACAUAGAGGGCUCUAGCAAGGCUGUUCCUGGUGACUGUGGAGGUGAACACUACACUGGACACAGAUUUGCAGAUCUCGUCAAAAACAAUGACACAAUUGUUGCUGCCCUGAAGAGUCAGUUUGACUUGCACCAGUUUGAGUUUGUGCUUGCCCUGGAGGGUGGAGGGAUGUACAUGGUCAUCCCCCGCAACUCCGAGGUGAUGGGAGAAUCUGGGGUCUACACGGCGUUGACGGAGGACGACCCAGUGCUGCAGACCCUGGCCCACACCUACGCCGCAGCCAACACGGCCAUGUACGAGUCGGGCACCUGCAGUGGGUCAGGCCUGGAGGGAGUCAAGCAUGGGGCUGACAUCAACCCUGAUGGCAAAGCAGCCCCCCUGAUGGACUGGGCGUAUGAUAAACAUCACACUUUUAUGUUGUGUGCCUACAUCAGCUGUUGUAAAUACCCCCCUCCAGACAUGCUGCCGAGCCUGUGGAUGUCCAAUCUCAACCCCUUGAUGAACACUCUACUUAAAACCCUACAGGGUGUCCAGGGGCAAGUGACUGACAUCAGCAGCCGCCCCAUCAAGGAAGCAGUCAUCAAGAUGGAUAACAGGGAGUUCACCACCUCUGAGGAUGGUACAUUCUUCUUCCUCCUGAAUGAAGGCUUCCACACCAUUGAAGCAGAUACACUAGGCUAUGAGUCAUUGAACAAGAAGUUCCUCGUAGAGAGUGACCUGACAAGUGAGGUGAACAUGAUGUUGACGCCUGAAGCAGACUCACUGGAAUAUCAUAAUUAUCAACAAACCAAGGACAUGCUGCAAGGGCUGACCAAUACCUGCAAGGACAUUGUUAAGAUACACAGUAUUGGAACCAGCAGCCUGAAGCGAGACCUCCUCAUGGCCGACUUCAACAAGCCAGGGAUGAACAACACCCCAGGGGUUUUGUUUGUGGGCAGUAUCCAUGGUAAUGAGGCAGUGGGUAGAGAGCUGCUGCUGCUGCUGGCUGAUGACAUCUGUCGCAAUUAUGGGAAAGAUUCUUACAUAACUGAUCUUGUAGACAGCACCCGUCUGUACCUCCUGCCAUCCCUCAACCCCGAUGGCGUGGCAUUGUCCCAGGAAGGCUGUGAGUCAAAACACGGACACAACAAUGGCAGAGACAUGGACCUGGACAUGGCCUUCCCAGGUAUUGAGGCGGACUUGAGGCAUAUCCUGGAGCCGGAGGUGGCAUCCCUCACCCAAUGGAUGGCUGGCACAGAUCUGUGUACAGCCAUCAGCCUACAGAGCGGAGACCUGGUCGUCACAUACCCUCACAGGAGAACAGCUCUGACUGUGAAGGCUGAUGAGGCCACACUGAAGAAACUUGCCUCGGCCUACGUGAACAACCACCCCCAGCUCCAGUCCGGGGCAGCGGGCUGUGGCAGCACCAAGGGUCACUACCCUGGAGGAAUGGUCAGUGCCUUCAGUCAACACAACCACUCGGGGAGUUUCAUGGACUACAUCUACGACAGCCAGCACAUCCCCACCAUCACUGUCUACACAGGCUGCUGCAUCCAUCCACAGUCCUCCUCACUCAUUGACCUCUGGCACGCAAACAGGAAGUCCCUUCUUGCUGUCAUACAGGAGUCCCACAACGGUGUGUCCGGCUCAGUGGUCAGCAAGCAGUCCAGUAACAGUGUGGGGGGCGUCAUCAUUUACGUGGAGGACUCGGGCACAUUCCAGACUCUCGCCGACCCUCAAGGCCACUUCCACAUGUACCUGGCCCCUGGCAAAUACACCCUGAAGACCUUCAGUCCGGAAUUCCCACAACAAAAGAUGGUAAAGUUUAAAGUACAGAGUAUCACAGUGGGGAGUAGUUCUCAAGGAAAAGAUGCCAGGAUUAUCCUGUCGAAGCCAACAUCCAAGACACUUCUUGUUGUUGCAGCAGGUGUCAUCGGCUUCGUCACCAUCGUUGCCAUCACUGUCGUCAUCUGUUUGAGGACGGGGAAGAACAAGAAGUAUGACAACAUCGGCUUCCAUCGCCUGAACGGGGAGGAGGAAGGUGACGAUGACUAUAAUUUGUUUGGCAAGAAGAACAACUACAGUACAAAGGAAUAUCAUGACUACAGCUCAGAUGAUGAACAUGAUCUUUAUGAUGGCCGACUGUUAAAACGAUAGUCACAUUUUAACAUUUUAUACUCACAGAUAACAUGUGUUGGAGAUAUACUACUAAGAACCUCUGGGAUAUACUGUAAGUCAUGAAAUUGAUGCACAUUUUGGUCAUCUGAUAAAUAAGAGUGCUCCUCACUUGCAUUAUUAAAGUGAAACCUUUAUUAUCUGGACAUACUGAAGUAUAUCGUCAUGUCAGGAGGACUGCACAUACAGAUCAUUAUGUAUGUACUUAUAUAUAUUGCCAAUAACAAUGUAAUGCAACUCUAGACACAGUAUUACCAGUGCCAGUUACAUCUGCUGAUCAUCCACAUAGUGUCCAGCACCAGUGGUGAGGCUUAAUGAAUAUAUAACAUUGCUUAUUUACAUUCAAACAAUUAUGCUAACUCGUCUACCAAGACCUGAAAUGUUCAUUGGUUGACCAAGCCUGUCUCAUCUGAAUAUGCCUCGAAUGGUACUUCCUGUUAUUGACUUCAUGGAAUAAGCUGCAGAAGUUAAGUUUACUAAUUAUUCAGAUAGUGUUUUCUAUCUUUCAAGUAUAGAGCUACUCACAUUAAGUUGAUGUCACAUAUUAGACUUAGGAUUGUCACUCACAUGAAUUUGAUGACACAUGAAUUUCAUGAUUUACAGAUUGUUGCUUGACAGAUAUGACAGCUUAGUUGAAGCCAUCUGUCUUGACAGCCUUUCCUUUCUUUAAGCACAAGCCAGUAUGUUUAAUCAAUGCUGGGUGUUCUUUGUAAUGUAUCUCCCGUCCUGUCAAGUGCCCAGAUUGUUUGAGGCUGCUCACAGAUGCUGACCAUGAGGAUACUAUACAAAUAAUUACUCUUGACGAGGUCAAAAUGCAAAAACAACGACACGAGGACCCGACCCCUGAGGUCCAGCCAGACUGCCAAAGGGGUCAUGUCCUCUGGUCCUUGUUUUCACAUAUUGACCUCAUCAAGAGUAAUCAUUAGUUUUGUUAAACCGAUAUUCACUAUAAUGUUUUCAUAUGUCCUGUUUCAUUACUGUAACUUAACUGCAUACCAUAAAAUGUUGGUACCAGAUAACGUCUUGUUUUCUAGCAGACAGGUCAAUACUGAUCAUGUAAUGAGUCGAUAUGCGAGGUCAGUGUGGAUUUUGGUGUCUACAUUGAAAUGUAUUGUUUUGUCACUUGGUAUGGAUUAACCAAUGGAAUUGCAAGAUUCUUAAUAGAGUUAUAAAAAAAUAAUUUGACUUAUCACAGUGAAAUAUUUACUAGUUGGUAUGAUUAAGGCAUGGGCAUGUUUCCUGUCAAAUCGGUGGGCAUGUUGCCUGUCAUGUCGGUGGGCAUGUUCCAUGUCAUGUCAGUGGGCAUGUUCCCUGUCAUAUCGAUGGACAUGUUCCAUGUCAUGUGGGUGGGCAUGUUCCCUGUCAUGUCGGUGGGCAUGUUCCUUGUCAUGUCAGUGGGCAUGUUCCCUGUCAUAUCGAUGGACAUGUUCCAUGUCAUGUUGGUGGGCAUGUUGCCUGUCAUGUGGGUGGGCAUGUUCCUUGUCAUGUCGGUGGGCAUGUUCGAUGUCAUGUCGGCUGGCAUGUUCCAUGUCAUGUGGGUGGGCAUGUUCCCUGACAUGUGGGUGGGCAUGUUCCAUGUCAUGUCGGUGGGCCUGUUCCAUGUCAUGUAGGUGGGCAUGUUCCAUGUCAUGUCGAUGGGCAUGUUCAAUGUCAUGUCGGUGGGCCUGUUCCCUGUCAUGUGGGUGGACAUGUUCCAUGGCAUUUGGGUGGGCAUGUCCCAUGUCAUGUUGGUGGACAUGUGCCAUGUCAUGUUGGCUGGCAUGUUCCAUGUCAUGUCAGUGGGCAUGUUCCAUGUCAUGUCGGUGGGCAUGUUCCAUGUCAGUGGUUGUGUUUCAGGGACAUAUUCUUCUCUCUGUGUCCAGCCUCAAACGUCUGAUGGUUCCCAUUUUGCAUAAGAAGUGUACAGUUUAUUUUGUGAUUGUUUUGCGUACGCCGAGUAAGGUGAUGGAUAUGAUGAUGUGUGUCCUGUAUGUUGUCUGGGGAAUAGAGGGUGCAACAUAUCCAAAUGAAAUAACAUUAGUAUAUUUUUGAGUUCCUGUUUUAAGUUGCUAGUGAUAAACAGUCGUAUAGUCAAGCCGGUGGGGCUGUUAAGUAGAGGAGCAUCAGGUGUGUGGAUUCACCAAGGGCAGUGUUGUACACACUCCACGGUUUAAUGUUGGUAUUAUGGAUUUGUUUGCCUUCGAAGGAAAGUUUAAACAGACAUGUGAUUGUUGUAACAUUUGUAUUGCGCAACAUUAGAUUAUAUUAAACUGUACAUAUGACUUUUUUGGAAAUAUUCAUGGACUAACCUACAUUUAAAUUCCUCAAACUGACCUAGAAUGAAGGAAUGUGGUGAACCUGCCCUACAGUGGGAUGCUGAUAGAUGUACAGGGUUUAGAUUUGGGUUUGGCAAACUGUAUAAGUUAUAUGUAUAUAUUUUAAAGGCCAUUUUGCUGUUUCAGUUUCUAAGGAUCACUAUUUUUAGAGUAACUGUUUGAGUGUUGGUCUAAGGGCCACCACAUUUGCCUUAUUUAGUGUGUAGGCGAAACGAGUACACCGUAAGGGCUUGAUCAAGUGGUUACAAGUGAGGUUGUUGGUAAAGAAAUACUGACAUGUUCAUCAUACUAAUUGCCACAUGACUUCAGGUGGAUGUUUCACUGAGGUUAAGGAAACAUGAGACGCCUGAAACUUGUUCAGCAGAAGUGUGAGGCACUUCUCAUGAGUAUAUGUCGUGUCACAACUUGUCAGCCUGCUCAAUCACAAAACAUUCCGGUCAGUCAUCAGUGUAUGUCCCCAUAUACAAGGAGGCUUUAUGACUUUUACAAAUCUAGCUCAAAAUGUAUGAUAUGCCUUACUUUAACAUUAAUCAGUUUUACCUGUUUUGAUCCAUGUUAACAUUUUUUGACUGAAAUGGUCUUCUGUUUGCUGGUUUUUCCGAUUGCUGACAUGGUGAGCUUUGUUUGUACCCAUGUCAGCUUGCAGCAUGCUGCACAUUGUCACAUUGCUAACUCAUCCAUUCCUGCUCCAAUAGUUGUUAUUGUAACUGUAAAGGCCACAUCCUGAAAAAUAGGUCAGUUGCAAAAUGAAAGCAGGAAUUCUUCUUACAAUGAAGAAUCUCAAACUGAAAUAUAUAUAUUAUGUGUACAAAAAAGUGAUUAUUAGGACAUGUAGAAUGUUGGAAAUUGUCAUCAAGUCAUAACAUUUUUCAUCGGGUCACAUGCUUAGCAGGAAGUCCUGGGCUUGUUGAGCUUCCAUGAAUAGUGUACAGAGAUGAAUGUCCUCCGACGAGGAGCAAGAAAGUGGAUCUGGAGAUCUGAUGUAACUAGCACAUACAUUAUCAUGGUGUUUGUGCCCUAUCAAGCUGACCUUGGCAGGAAAUUAUUAUGUUAUAUUAUCACUGAUGAGACACUAUGAUGACACAGGACUGAUACAGAACUGAUGAGACACUAUGCUGACACAGGACUGAUGAGACACCUGACUGAUACAGGACUGAUGAGACACUAUGCUGACACAGGACUGAUGAGACACCUGGCUGAUACAGGACUGAUGAGACACUAUGCUGAUACAGGACUGAGGAGACACCUGACUGAUACAGGACUGAUGAGACACCUGGCUGAUACAGGACUGAUGAGACACCUGACUGAUUCAGGGCUGAUGAGACACUAUGCUGACACAGGACUGAUGGGACCCCUGGCUGAUACAGGACUGAUGAGACACCUGAUGGAUUUAGGGCUGAUGAGACACUGCUGACACAGGACUGAUGAGACACCUGACUGAUACAGGACUGAUGAGACACCUGACUGAUUCAGGGCUGAUGAGAAACCUGGCUGAUACAGGGCUGAUGAGACAUCUGACUGAUACAGGGCUGAGGAGACACCUGACUGAUACAGGGCCGAUGAGACAUCUGACUGAUACAGGGCUGAGGAGAAACCUGGCUGAUACAGGGCUGAUGAGACAUCUGACUGAUACAGGGCUGAGGAGACCCCUGGCUGAUACAGGACUGAUGAGACACUAUGCUGAUACAGAACUGAUGAGACACUAUGCUGACUCAGGACUGAUGAGACACCUGGCUGAUACAGGACUGAUGAGACACUAUGCUGACACAGGACUGAUGAGACACUAUGCUGACUCAGGACUGAGGAGACACCUGACUGAUACAGGACUGAUGAGACACCUGGCUGAUACAGGACUGAUGAGACACCUGAUUGAUUCAGGGCUGAUGAGACACUAUGCUGACACAGGACUGAUGGGACCCCUGGCUGAUACAGGACUGAUGAGACACCUGAUGGAUUUAGGGCUGAUGAGACACUGCUGACACAGGACUGAUGAGACACCUGACUGAUACAGGACUGAUGAGACACCUGACUGAUUCAGGGCUGAUGAGAAACCUGGCUGAUACAGGGCUGAUGAGACAUCUGACUGAUACAGGGCUGAGGAGACACCUGACUGAUACAGGGCCGAUGAGACAUCUGACUGAUACAGGGCUGAGGAGAAACCUGGCUGAUACAGGGCUGAUGAGACAUCUGACUGAUACAGGGCUGAUGUGACACUGCUGAUACAGGGCUGAUCAGACACCUGACUGAUACAGGACUGAUGAGACACCUGACUGAUACAUGGCUCAUGAGACACAAUGCAGAUAUAGUUCUGAGACGGUGGACUGUUACAGGACUGAUCAAACCGACACAGCUACACUUGAGAUAACCUAACCUGACAUUGUUGUAAUCUAUGCACUAUAAAAUUAUAUCAUUUUGGGACAUUGUUAGCAACUUAUUAUACAUAUACCAUGCAGUGUAUUCUUGCCAGAUCAAAAUUUCACUGACAUUGACAAUUUAUUAGCAUAAUGAUACAGUAUAUUAUGAGUAUUUGUCAUUUCUUUAAGACCAGGUGUUUUCCAAAAUGUCUUUAUGAAACUGCAUUUUCUUUGCAUGAUUGAGCAAUGUUUUUUUAUAUUUAGACAGUGAUGGGAAAGUGUUUUCAUGUUUUAGAAAUAAUUGGACUUAAUGCACAUUCAAGGUACCUUUGACAUAUUUUAGAAUUUCAGGUGUCAAGUUGUGAGGUCACCUAGUGCCCCAAAAUACACUAAAGGAGGAAUAUUUGUUUGCUCAUUUUGUCAUUUACAACAUGAUUUCUAAAUUUCUACAUUCCACGUGUGUAAUACCUGAUCUGAAACCUGCUCAUGGCAAACCUUCUGUACUGCUGGUGGUGCCAUAUGUUGGAAGCCACCACGACAGAGGGAGACCAAGACAUGAAAUUUUAGGCAUGUCUUUGUGCAAGUGGAAAUCAUUCAUGAAGCUAUUGGAAAUAUUUUGAUGAAAGUGUAUGAGCUUUUAUGAUGCUUGUUAAUAAAAUGUUAAUUGAAUGUA